UUAAGUAUAUUCGGUGGAAUUGUUAUAUUGAAUAUUAUUGUUAUUGGAUUAUUGAUUAAACGAAAGAAAAAAAUCAAGAAUGGGGUUCUUUGUCGCUAAUUUAGCAUAUGCGGAUUUGUGUGUCGGACUUUUUCAUGUUUUGCCGGAAACGAUUCAUGUUUGGUUCGAGGUUGAUUGGAAUGAGUUCACCUGUCAUAUAUUUUAUGGAUACCUCGCAACGUUUUCAUUUUAUGUGUCAACAUAUGCUAUAGUUGUACUCUCUAUAGACCGAAUGAACGUUGUAGUGAAACCAUUAUCACCCAUCACUAGAUUAAAGAUAUAUAAAUAUGGAUUAGCACUAUCUACUUGGAUACUUGGAUCGCUGCUUGCAAUUCAAUAUUCUGUGCAUGCGAAAUACUACCCGCCACAAAACUUUGGCGAGGAUGUAUGCCGUCACGAAGUUCCCUACGACCCAGAAAUUCGAUAUUUUGAUGUGUGUGUCCUCAUUAUAAUACCAGGAAUAUUCAUUGUAACUUGUUAUAUAAUGAUUUAUAUGGCGAUCCACAGAAGACAUACGUUCAAAUUUAUGACAACAAACUCAAAUAGCGACGGUAUGCAUGAACGUGUCAAUUUCAACGCCAAGAUGAGGACUGUAAAACAAUUGUUUGUGAUUUCAGUAGGUAUGACUUAA